AAUCUAGUAAUGGCGGUCGCAGUACCUCAAGCCACUUCUCUUACGAGGCUCUUCUUCCUCACGAAACCAAUCCCUGGAGGAGGCUUCACUUCUUUACUACCUAAAAAUCAUCGGAAACCCAUCUUCGUAUUCUCUGUCCAGACUCAAUUUUCUUCUCCAGUAACCACACUCACCUCCAAACACCCUAAAGAUGAGCAACAGCAAAAACUCUCCUUCACCAUCAACUACCUUAUCGACUCCUGUGGAUUAUCUCCAGAUUCCGCCACCGUAGCCGCUCGUAAGCUCUUACUAGAUUCACCAGAACGACCCAACACUGUUCUAAACCUUCUUCGUGACCAUGGAUUCACCACUGCUCAAAUCUCAACUCUCGUCAAGAAACGUCCCGUUCUCUUGUUAGCCAAUGCUGAAUCAGUCCUCCUCCCGAAACUCCUAUUCUUUCUCUCAAUUGGCGUAUCAAAAUCAUUACUUGCUCGAACCUUAGCUUCUGAUCCAACCAUUUUGACUAGAUCCCUUGUUAAUCAGCUUAUCCCUUCUUACAAAUUUCUCAAAAGUGUUCUUGAUUCAGACGAGAAGAUCGUGGCGGCGUUGCGGCGGACGACUUGGGUUUUCCUUGAGGAUCACACCAAGAAUCUUGUACCAAACAUCAACUACAUGUCGGAGACUGGUGUUCCUGAGAAAUGUAUCAAGCUGCUUCUUACGCAUUUUCCUGAAGCUGUGAUGCAGAAGAGCCAUGAGUUCCAAGCAAUCGCUAAGCAAGCUCAAGAGAUGGGAUUCAAUCCUCAAAAAUCAACCUUUGUGUUGGCGAUUCACGCGUUAUCUGGGAAAGGAAACAAAUCGAUAUGGGACAAAUGCUUUGAGGUCUACCAGAGAUGGGGUUGGUCGGAAGAUGAUAUCAUGUGUGCGUUCAAGAAGCACCCUCACUGUAUGAUGUUGUCUGAGAGGAAAAUUAACAGAACGAUGGAGUUUUUUGUGAAUGAGAUGAAUUUGGCGCCUAGAUCGAUCGCAGAGUGUCCAGUGGUGCUCUUCUUCAGUCUGGAGAAGAGGAUUAUCCCAAGGUGUUCGGUUACUAAAGUUUUGGUAUCGAAUGGGCUUGUGAAGGAGGAUUGGAGCUUGACGUCAUUGUUGGUUCCAGUGGAGAAAGUGUUUUUGGAGAAGCUCGUGAUCAAGUACGAAGAAGAGUUGCCUGAGUUGAUGGAUGUGUAUCUAGGAUGCACCAAACUCUGAGCUUUUGUUUUCGACUGUUUUCAUUAUCAAAUUUCAGAUGCUGAGUGACAUGAAUCUUUUGAAAAGAGUGUAGUGUGUAACCCAAUUUUGGUAGUGAAAGGAAAGCUGAUUAGCAAGCCCAAAGUGUGUUUU